UCUAGCUUUAACACAUUAAAUUUAUUUGAUUAUGUAUUGAUCUUAAAUAAAAAAAAUGGAGGGGGUGUAGUGAGUUGACCUAAAUGGCUCAUUCUUCAUUUGUUGACGAAGAUUGGACAGAUCUACAUUGUAACAUCUUUCAGGAAGAACAGUUUCAUGAAAAUGUGUUUGUACACUCUGUACAGUAUAAGUGCCAGGAGAAAUUUACAUCAUCACAAGAAAAUUGUCUUAAAAGCAACACUCCAUCAUUGGUUGAAAUAUACAAUGAGGAGCAAAAGAUUUACUGGAGGCUUGGAAGCUGCUUUAAGACACUGUUUGUUCCUCAUAAAUCUGAUCAUAAUGAGGAAGAAUGUACAGGUAAAGAAACGGAGCAACUGGUGACAAUUGGGAAGCAAUCUUCUGAUUCAAUCCUAAUAUCAACUCCUCACUGCUCAUCUCCAUCAAGAGAAAUGACAUUUAGUCCAGAUCAAAAUCUCGAACAUUUGCUAGGCUUAGACUAUCAACAUUCCUGCACAGAUGAAAUUUCUGCAAAGUAUUUGAAAAUUAAAUCGAAGUACAUCACUGAUGGACAGGGUGUUGUGUCUGGUGUGCUAUUGGUUACUCCACAAACAGUAAUGUUUAACCCAUGUGUGUCAGACCACUUAGUCAUUGACAGAGGACGAGAUUGUUAUGUUGUACGUCUUUCUUUAAAAGCUAUUUCGAGACUUGCGUUUUUCGAAGAUAUUGCUGCUAUGGUGACUGGAGAUAUUUCAAAACAAUUUCAUCCGAAACAAAGUUUUUCCACUUUCACGUUUAAUUCUUUACCCAAGCCUGGUACGAUAAUAUGUCAAACAACAGGUGAAGAGUUUAAAUUAACCUCUGCACAAAAAGAGGACGAAACUAUACAACGAGACUUACAAAUGCUUCAUAUACAACAGUCACGAGAAAAAAAUUUGUACAAAGAAACUGAAAAAAAAGAGGAGUGUAUGAGACAGGAGGUUAGUGCUGAUCAAGGUAUUAGCAGUCUCGGUGGAAGCAUUUCUACAGAUCAUACAAUCACAGACGACACCUUAACCUCAAUAAAUUCGCAUUUAUACCGACAGCGACACAAUGAUGAGGAUACUCAUGAGUCUGAGGAUAAUCAUCAUGAUUUGUCAUUGUUUAUGGAGCAAAGUCACGAGUCGAGUACACCAAAACAUAAAGCAAAACUUGUAAAUAAAGCACUACACACACAAAACAACGAACAUUUCUAUGAUGGCGAAACUUCGCCACAUAGAAAUAAGUUUACCAAUGUCAAUGUUUUACAAGAUAAAAGAACUCUUGUCUCUCCAAGCAGCGAUUUGAGUAAAGAUAGUGGCAUUUCAGAAAUAAAUACAACAAACUUUAGUCAACAUGACUCACAAGAUAGUGAUAUUGUUGCGCACCCGCCUCUUGCGAGUAGGAGUUCAUUGAGCAAUGAAGCGAAACAGUGGUUGGGUAAUCGAGGCAUUCGUCUUUCCUCUAUGUCUUCUGAUAAUAUAGCAACAUCUUCUCAGCAAGAGGAUAUCUCGGAAGAAGUUUUACCUCGACCAGCUAGUAAAUACGAUGACGACUUGAUAUAUGUAGCUAUCAAAGUGCACAAGAACUACUGGCAUACCAACAGAACGAAACAGAACAAUGUGAUGGGUAUCCCACCCAAUCGAGACCAAAAACGUAGACAGCAUUGGUUUGCUAUUCCAAAGGAGAGAGUGGAUCAAUUUUACGGUUUUCUACUUCAAUGGAGUCCUGAUUCUGAUGUGCUUUUAAGUAAUGCUUCAACUCCUCGUUCUGAAGAAUUCCACGAUACAGAAGAGGGCUUAAACAUAGUAGAUGACGCUUUUGCUAACUCCCCCGCAACGUCGCUGGGAUACGAGAAACUAACUUCAGAAGAUGCAAUUGGCAUGAAAGCACGUGUGGGGAGUCUAAACAGCUGUGCAAGUAAAACAUCUUUACGCAGUCUCGGUGACGAUGAAUCACCUGAUUUGUUAGCUGAUUCACAAUUGCUGACAAAAAAGCAAGUUCGAAUGUUGGCGCGCAGGUUACCUUCCCGAACUGUUGGUCAUAGCUGGGAACUUGUGUACAGCACACAUCUUCACGGUAUCAGCUUGUCAACACUGUAUAGAAACUUUCAAGACUACGACACUCCCGCUGUGAUUAUUGUCAAAGAUGAAACACAAAAGGUCUUUGGUGCGUUUCUCUCGGAACCACCAAGAGUGAGCGAUGGUUUCUUUGGUAAUGGUGAGAGCAUGUUGUUCACUUUCAAUGAGCAAAACAAACUGACGCCCUACAACUGGACUGGUGAAAACAACUUUUUUUUGAAAGGUUCAAAAAUAAGUCUUGCCAUCGGCGGAGGAGAGGGCGUGUUUGGUCUUUGGUUGGACGAAGAUUUAUAUCGUGGUCGAAGCCAUUCAUGCAAAACAUUUGGAAAUGAAACACUGUCAGGCAACGAAGAUUUCAUAUGCAGUGGAUUAGAGGCAUGGUCCUUUGUGUGAAAGAAAGAUGAUCUCAAGUCAGACGGGAAGUUGCAUAUCUUGUGGAGACGAAAACGUGAUUCAAAUCGUAAAGUUAAAAUUAUUUCUUUCUUAACAGACCGUCGUUAAGAAUAUCGCGUCACGUCGUCGACAUCUUUUUCAUCCGUUGAAUUAAAUACACGACACGAAUUUCAACGUUUCUUUCAUAACCACGAGGUUUCCUACUUAAUCUUAAAACGUGUGGUGAGCUGAAGAACUUUUAUGAAUUGUUGUCUGUUUUGAUGUAAAUUUUCUUUAAUUUGAAGUAACCUAAGAAAAUCAUUUUUUGUAUAUAGCUAUAUGCAUAUAUAAUUCUAAUACUCCCCAAAUUUUUUAUUGUACAGUUUUUGACAGUUAAAAUUGGUUUCUUUGGGCAGAGAGUUGAAAGAGAAAACCAUUUUUGAACGUCGCACAUAUCAAUAAAGGAUACAUAAACACCUCAUUUUAAAAUUCUUUCUCACAUCACUUCUGUUUGCUCUCAAUCUUCGAGAUGAAUUGUUUAUAGAGAAUUAUUUUUACUUAUAUUUCUUUGAUAAAGUUCCAUACAAUGGUUUAUUAGGGUCGGGUUAUACUGAGGGAAAAUAUUAAUUUUUUUGCUUAAUAGAUAAAGCUGGUUUUCUAUUUGUCGGUUUUACGAAAUAGUAUUAAAAAUGUAAUAAUAAAUAGAAUAUAUGUUAUUGUUUGUAA